AUGCAAGAACUCUCCAAUGACCAGUAUCAUCAAUUGUGUUCACUGUUGAGCAAGCUUAAUGAUAACAAUAUUGGACAAAAUUCUUCACAAGCCUCUGCAAAUUUGGCUGAAAUUGAGUCGGAUCCAUGGGUCAUUGUCGCAGGCGAUUCACAAGCGCGAUUGUUUAUAGUGUCGUUAGAUUUGGUUUUGAGUUUAGAUGAAAUGGAAUCGAUUCAGAAGGAUUUGUUUAAGAGACAUAGUGAUUAUCAUAUCGUGGAUGAAGAAAUUGGGAUGAAAUUAGACUUUAUUUGGGCACCUUACGCUACUAAUCUCAGUCAUGUCAUUACAGAAUUCAAAAGAAACAAGAUUUACCCAUAUGUGUUAGUGAUGGGUUCAAGUUUAUGGCAUAUGUUACACUUCACAAACUAUUCCGAUUACAUGGUUACAUUAUGGUUUCUAUGGGAAUCCUUGAUUCCAUUCCUUCCAGUGGGAUCUGAUUCUACUCGGGGAUUCCAUCUGUUUUGGCUAGGCAUGCCAACUUUUAUAAACAGAAUGUUGAAUACAGAAGAGAAAAAGGGAAAAGAUGACAAGUGA